UAGGAGCACCAGGCCUUCCUCAGCCUUAUGGAGUACAAGCUUUUCCUGGAAUUCCUCUCCAAUGACCCCUGUCUCCAGAUUUCUGACAAGUACCUCCUGGUCAUGGUGCUGGUCUUCUUCCAGCAUGUCAAGUUGCAACUCAGCAAGUACACCCUUGGCAACCUGUUCCUGGCCUUAUACCUGGCAAAUGACAUGGAGGAAGACCUGGAGGACCCCAAGUGUGUGAUCUUCUCAUGGGCACUGAGCACAGACUGGCUGCCGUGGGUGGGGGUCUUCCUGAGCCAGAGGGAGGAGCUGUGGGUGGGGAUGGACUUCUGUUCCAUGGUCAGCUGCCAGUGCUGUGAGGAGGUCAUGGGCAGACAGCUGUCCCACUGGGCCUGGACUCGCAGAUGACACCCCCACUAAGGCAGGGCACAGAGGGGUUGC